AUGGAAGAAAGGCUUCUUUUGCCGAAAGAACCUGACAGUGCCGACCUGAAGAAUAGGGUUUGGGAUGAGUCCAAGAAGCUAUGGGCGAUUGCAUUUCCUGGAAUAGUGGCACGAGUGACUUCAUUUGGAAUGAUUGUUGUGACACAGUUAUUCAUAGGGCAUCUUGGCGAAUUGGAUCUUGCAGCAUUUGGCCUACAGCAGAGCAUUUUGCUACGAUUUGUAAAUGGCAUAUUGAUUGGGAUGUCAAGUGCGACUGAGACUUUAUGCGGGCAAGCGUAUGGAGCUGGACACUACCGCAUGAUGGGUAUUUACUUGCAGCGAUCAUGGAUCAUUGAUGGUGUAACUGCAACCAUCUUGCUUCCCCUCUUCAUUUUUGCAGCACCGAUAUUAAAACUAAUUGGCCAGCAGGAGGAUAUAGCAAUAGAAGCUGGAAAAAUCUCUCUUUGGUCAAUCCCUAUCCUCUAUUAUAUGGUCUUUUCUCUUACCAUUCAAAUGUACUUACAAGCACAACAGAAAAACCAGAUUGUCGCGUGGUUGUCUGCUAUCUCCUUUUCGGUUCAUGUGUUUUUGUCCUGGUUAUUCGUGGUCAAACUUGGUUUGGGACUUCCUGGUGCCAUGAGUGCAUUCAUUAUAUCCGGUUGGGCGCUGGUUAUUGCAGAGUUGGUGUACAUUUUUGGAGGUUGGUGCCCCAAUACAUGGUGUGGGUUUACUAAAGCUGCAUUUUCUGAUAUGUUGCCUUUAGCAAAGCUCUCAAUAUCCUCCGGAGUUAUGAUUUGCUUAGAAUUAUGGUACAAUUCUGUUCUUGUCCUGUUAGCUGGAUAUAUGAAGAACGCAACAGUUGCAUUAUCUGCUUUCUCCAUUUGCCUCAACAUCAAUGGAUGGCAAUUCAUGAUCUGCCUUGGGUUCUUAGGUUCUUCAUGUGUGCGCGUAUCAAAUGAAUUGGGAAGGGGCAAUGCCCAAGCUGCAAAAUUUGCUAUCAAGGUUGUCCUUGCUACUUCAGCAAUUAUAGGAAUUAUCUUCUGGAUUUUGUGCUUGGUCUUCAGUCGACAAAUGGCAUACUUGUUUACGAGUAAUGAGGAAAUAGCAGAAACUGUGUCAAGGCUACAUGUUUUGCUUGCAUUCUCAAUGUUGCUGAAUGGAAUUUAUCCAGUACUUUCAGGUGUAGCUGUAGGUGCCGGUGUGCAAAGUACGGUUGCAUAUAUCAACUUGGGAAGCUAUUAUGUGAUUGGGGUACCUAUAGGAAUUCUGCUUGGAUAUGUAGCACAUCUUCAGGUCACGGGUUUGUGGAUUGGAUUGUUGAGUGGAGUCGGAGUCCAAACACUUCUACUAUCCUACCUUACAUGGAGGACUAACUGGGAUGAGCAGGUAAACAAGGCAGCAGACCGUCUUGGUCAAUUUUUCAUUGAGCCUUCAAAGGAAUCUGAUGAGAGCUCUAAUCUUCCUUGA